AUGGAGCCUCCUGCCCUGGUGGGCAGCCCUGCGGGGCAGCAGAGUGGAGGCCGCGAGCCUGGACACAUCCUGGCCGAGCUGUCAGCAGCCCUGGAGAACCCGGACAUCAAAGCCUUGGAGUGGGCUGAGGAUGGGAGAGGUGUCAUCAUCCACGCCACGCUGUACGAAGAGGAGCUGGGGAGGUACAAGGAGCUCUUCCCAGCGCUGACGGACCUUGGCUCUGUCCCGGUACUGCAGGCCUGGCUGCUGGCCCAUGGUUUCAGACUCGAGGAGGCACAGACAAACCCGCCUGCCCUUGUGCUGCAGCACGCUGAUUUCCAGAGGGUGAAUCCCACUGCCGUGGAGCUGGGCACCCCUGGAGGUAAUGCUGGCCCCUCUGCCAAGCAGCAGAAGAAAAGAAAGAAAAGGAGAAGGAGCAGCCUGCAGCCAUGCAGAAAGGUCACAUCCUGGGAUGCACUGGGACGACUGCCUCGCCUGCGGCCCUUGUACCAGUACAUCAACUACGACAUGCCGGAGCUGAUGUGCCCAUCAGAAGAAGAAGGUGAAACCCUAGGGCUGGCAGAGACAGCAACUGGUCCAGAGCUGGAAGGAGAGCUCCAACAAGCAUUUGAUGCCCAAGGUCAUCUGCCACUAACAAACUGGCUGAGCCAAGGAUUGAGAACUCAUCUUACUGACAGCCCUUUUGCAGCCUCUCUCAUGCAUAACCCACAAGAAACCUGGGCCAGCAGCGCUCUGGAGCUCCCAGCCCCAGCACUGGAUGACAAACCCAUGCAGGUUGAUCUUGAGAAGCCGCUCAGCUGCACGGCCUACCUGGUGUCACCCUUCUUUCCUUAGGAUAAAUAGCCUCACAGCUGCCUGCCUCCUGCUUGACCACUACAGCCUGGCCUGCAGGGUGCUGAUCAGCACCUU